UAUUUUCACAGAGACAAAGACAAAGCAGAAACGGAAGUGUAAGGUACUAUGAAUGUCAAACUGUAGCAUGGUGGGCAGCUUUUUUAAGUAACCUACAGUAAAAAAUAUGUCAGGGCACAGUUUACUUAGGGUUGUCACGUUAACGAAAUGCGUCUCAACCAACGCUGCAACGUUGCUGUGCAGGACGAACAUAUUAAACAGAGCACAGGCAUGCGGAUAUGCUAAGAAAGUUGCGGCCAAAGGGAAAGGCAAAGGCAUGAUGAAAGAAGAGCUGAAAGGUCCAGAGGUGUGUAAAGAUCCUGUCAGACUUACUUCUUAUGCAGUAGGGGCCAACAUCCUCAAGCAAGGAGAAGACCCCCAGCUGAAGCCUCCUGAGCAAUAUCCAGAGUGGUUGUUCCAGUUGAAUCUGGGAACACCCCAAAAGCUGCACGAGCUGGAGUCGGACACCUGGGAAUACUGGAAGCGUCUGAGGAAGGAAAACAUUUGGCGUUUCAACAGACUACACAAAGGGAAGAAGUUUUAGGCCUUCACUGGACUGACAGAGGGCUUCUUCCUGUACAUCGGGUUGCUUCCGACUCUGGACUGAACUACCUGACAUGGUGUACUGUAUGUUCAGAGCCAGAGUUCAGCUUCCUGAAUGAAACAUCAUUAGACCAACUCUUUGACUUUCCAGGGUGUUAUUUGAAAUCAUGCAGCAUGUGGUGACAAUACUUACAACAAUACAUUGUUGGUUAUGUUAAAUACGGGGGGGGGGUAUACGACCCAACACUCACAAUGUAAUGGAUUCAAACCCAUGACCAGAGCCUCAAAAAUUAAACCUAAAAAAACUGAAAAUCAUAAGCUUAAGAAAGGUAGACUGAAAGCUCAUUCUUUACCUUGUAGUUGCCAAAGCAAUCCCACUACGAGGUCCAUUUAGUAGUUGUUCUGGAGCUUUCAAUUGUAUCACACAAUCUUCUUCAGCAGAUGGUAUUUGCCUAGUUGUCAUGAAAUUUCAAAGACUGCGUGAUAUGAUCGAAAGCUCCCGAACAGCUACUAAAUGGACAUUGUGGUCAGUUUUGUCAAUUUCAGAAAGGUUGUGUUAUACAGUAUAUCCUGAGGGGAUACUGCUAUGCAUUGAAUUCAUUCAUACAUGUUCUGUUUUGUCCAUAUCUGAAGGAAAAUGGCCUGCUGAUAUUUCCACCAAUCACAUUUUCACUAUUUGUUGUUUUUGCAGACUCAUUAUAAAUAAAUAUGAAUGAAUAUCCUGCAAA